AUGCGGCUAGGAGUGCGGGAGGACCGAAACAAGAAAUUCGCAUCGACUCGUAGACAGAAUCCUUUAGUCCUUAGUCAAAGUGCAUGGGUAAGGCUUCAUGCUCCUUUCAUUCGGCAACACCAACAAGCCGAGGAGCAAAUGCAUGACGAUGCAUAUCGAAAGUACUUGAGUGACGAAUCCGAUGCAAUGUGUGCACAAUGGGUUGACUCUGUAAAGAAUGUUCGUAUGCGAGUGAACGCAGCUCGGUUGGAAGAUAAAGCUCAGAAAGUUGAGCAACAAUUAGCCAAAAUGCGCGAAUUGGAUAAUGCAAAAAUCGAGAAAAGACAAGCACUUUGCGACCAAGUAAAGCUGCUGAUGGCAUAUGAGCAUCACGGACCACGACAAAUAACAAGUGCACUAUUGCAUUCGCACGUCCUCAAAGAACGCGAAGCUCAAAUUGAGUUUAAAAAAGAGAAAGAACGAAAAAUCAAAGAGGCCUUAAUCGAAGAAAGAAAGCAACUUGAGGAGGAUGCCAAAAAGUUUUUCGAAGAACAGCACGGAUCAGGCAGUAGCUCUUUAAAACUCAAAAGAACUUUGUGGCAGGAGCUAAAGGAAACUGGGGAAGAAAGACGUCGUGUGGCCGAAGAAAAUGAAAAAAUAGAAAAAGAUAAAGCAAUCGAGGACAUCAAACUGGCGCAGAAAGUUGAAGAAUUUGUUGCAAGAACUGAAAAAACGGCUAAAAAGGUAUUCAAACCAUAUGAUGCAUUUGAUAUGGAAGCAUUUGAAGAAAAAGUUGCUAAAGAGGAAGCAAAGUUUUACGCAAAACGAGAAGCCAUCGAGCAAGCAAAGAAGGAAAAAAUUAAGAAAGAGUUCGAGGAACGUCGUAUAGCAUUCGAAAGAUGCCAAGAAGAAAACAAGACCCAGCAUUAUGAUAAUGUUAUGCAAACUAGAUGGAAUCUCCUAAAUAAUUUCAAACAACACGAAGUCACCGAUUCCAUAGAAUAUCGCAAACUUCUGGCAAGACAGGCCGAAUUAGAAAAUACCGAUAGAAUCCUCUCUGAACAAAUUGCCUUAAACGCACGGGUCAGAGAAGAAAGAGCGAAGGAAGGCCUAGCUUUCGACGAUGUGAACCUCAAUUACAAAGAUACUGACGAAUUCUUCCUGCAAUAUGCAAAGAAAGUUGAAGAAGAAGUUAAAGCACAAAAUCUUUUGGAAUAUCCUGUACAAAAGGCUAUACAGAAAUUCAAGCUUGAUAAUGGAAUGGUGACCCGCAAGAGUAAGUACGAUAGUACUGAAUAA